UACAAACAGGAGGAGGAACGGCGCCAGGCGCUUCUCAAGUAUGUCCAGGAAGUCCAGCCGCAAUCGGUGACACAGUUUGCUGAGCAGACCCACCCCGUGGUGGUCCAGGCGAUGCGCCAGACGGUGCUAAACGUGGUUGGCAGCCUGCCACCACAGUACUUUAACGUUCGCAUCACCACUAUGGCAGAGAGCCUUGCCCAGCUAAUGCUGUCCAUCAUGACCACGGGCUACAUGCUCCGGUCAGCGCAGUUCCGGCACGAGCUCCAGAGGUCGCUAAAGCAGCUUCCGGCACAAAGCAGCGCCAGCGAUACGGUCGGUGCUUCUGCUCCGACGACAAUGUCGUCGGCCGCAGCGGCAGCGGCCCUGCCGUCGGUGGCGGCCUUCUCCCCCGCGGAGUUGGGAUGUGGUAACGGAGCCGUCCCAGCGGCUUCCAGCGGCGACAGCGGAGAGGCAGCAGGCGGCCCAGGUGCAACCUUCCUGUACGAUGGUGAAAGCUCUCCGUACGCUCCUGGUGUACAGAAGAAAAACGUGGAGGGCGAGAUCCUGCGGUGGCACCUGGCUCGGGGAGAGGUGGAGCGUCUGGCGGCAGCGGACUACAUCGAGCUGCUGGAGCGGGAGGUCGCGGCGCUGCGGGCGCAGGUGGUGCAAGUCCCCGUGACGGAGCUGCGGCCUUCACCGUCCCCGUCGUCGACCCCCCUCGCCACCGCUGGCUCGGUGGAGGUCCUUGGCCCCGAUACAGACACUGCGCCGCUGGCCACCCCGGGCGCGCUGUACCCCGGUCAAAGCUUAGCUUGCGUCAGCCCUCUACCGGGCUUUGGGGAGCGCGCCGGCGCUGGCCUGCCAUACGGGGGAGGCGGCAGCCUGGCGGCGUCGGGUGCAGGC